AUGGGAGAAUUCAACGAAAUAUUGAAUGACCCCUCAGUUGUGUCGCUUUCUGUGGAUGACACACCUCAAUUAAACAAUGAUAUUCCUGGCAAUCAGCAAGAGACCUCUAACAAUAGUGAACUAGAUGUCAUUACAAAGUUGCUUGAAAGCGCAUCUUUAGCAGCUGCAAAGGAGUCCAAGGAGAAGAUUAAUUUGUCAGUUGAGAAGGACCGUAUUGUGUACAAGCCCCAUGUUCUAUUGAAAUUGGCCGAUUCUCCAAUGGUGGCCCAAUUGGCACCAACUCUGGAACUGCCUGAGCAAAGCUUUUGGAGAUUAAAAUCUGCCCGCGAGGCAACUAAUAAUAAUGGAAGUUUCUCUAAUACAAAAUCAAGAAAGGCCAAGAGGGAACCGAAGAAGCUUAAACAGCAGAAGAAGAAUGACCAGCAGGAGGACUCAGAAACUCCUCAGUGGAUGCUGGAUAAUGACGGUCCUGUAGGUAACUCUUUACAAGACUUUGAGGUGUGGAGGUUGAAAAUGAGACUCAGUGAAAAAAAGAGAAAUGGCAUUGAAGUGACUAAGGAAGAACUUGAAGAGCUUGACAGAUUGACCAGCGGCAGCACUUCGAUAAAGAAUGGUAUCCUCGAAGAGCCUUUAGAGGAUGGGGAGGUUCUAGAACCAGAUAAUGACCUAGAGACUGAAUCCUCAAUUCAGGGAAAUUCUAUUGAUAACUUCUUUGGUGCUAUGAUUGGAGAAUAUCCUUCAGAUUUAAAAGAUGAACAGAAACACAAGAAUGCCAAUUCAAGGUUUAGUUCAUUGUUCAAACCUGAAUCGGAAGACAAACAUGUCUCUUCCCCUGACUCAGUGGACUCCCCAGAAAUUCGUCGUCCAAACCAACAGCAAACGCAACAUCCGAAUCUACGACAACAAGAACAGAAUCUUCCUCACUCACAUACUUCUCAAUCUCAUGUGCUACCAAUUCAGCAAUCGCAGUUACAAACACCACCACCGCCCCAACAGCUUGCAAACCAAUCACAUCACUCAUCUCCACAUCCGCAACAACCUCAACACCCUCAACACACUCAACACCAUCAGCACCCCCAACACCAUCAACACCCUCAACAUCCUCAACAUCCCUCACAUCUUCAACAUUCACCACAUCCUCAGCACCCACAACAAGAGCAACGACAGCAACUACAGCAACAACAUCAACAGCAGCAGCAACAACAACCCCCAUCAUCUAAUGAUCAUUUUUUCAUGAACCUUUUGAACAGAUCCAAGAAUCCAGAUGAUCCUGCUCAAGGUAACAGAUCUAAUCAACCAUUACCUAUGGGUUAUCCUCCUGGAAUGCCUCCUCCAAACUUCUUCCCCCCUGGAUUAAUGGGAGGACAUCCUAAUGGACCCCAUGGAAUGCCUCCUGGCAUACCAAUUCCAACUGGUCAGCACGGAGUGCCCCCUGGAAUGGCUCCAAAUGCAAACUCUGGAGGUGCACCCCCAUAUGGGCUUCCACCAAAUUUACCUCCUAACUUUAUGCCAAAUCCAAACAUGCAAAACUUUGCACCAAUGCCGUUCCCCCCGGGCAUGUCUCCUCAACAGCUUAACAUGCCUCCUCAAAAAAUUCCAAAUUUUAUGCUCCCACCUGAGUUACAGCACAUGGAAUCCGAGAAAAGGUGA